GAGGCUCUUAAGUCGCUUCACUUCUGAACUCAAAACACCCAUACUGUGAUUCAACACAUUUAAAGAGAAGAAUGCCAGGAUCGGCCUCCACUUUGGCCAAGAGGCAUGCCAUCAAGUACCUGGACCAAGAUUUUGAAGCUCUGAGGAGGCAAUGUCAGAGCAGUGGACAACUCUUUUCUGACCCCAUAUUCCCAGCUGCCCCUGAGUCCCUGGGAUUUGAGGAACUUGGACCAAACUCAUCCAAAGCCAGAGGAGUGCAAUGGAAAAGACCAAGAGAGCUGUGCUCGGAACCCAAGUUCAUCACUGAUGGGGCCACGAGGACUGACAUCUGCCAAGGAGAUCUGGGUGACUGCUGGCUGAUGGCUGCCAUUGCCUCUCUGACUCUGAACCAAGACAUUCUGGCACAAGUGAUUCAUCCUGAGCAGAGCUUCAUGAAGGGCUAUGCUGGAAUCUUUCACUUUCAGCUGUGGCAGUAUGGAAAGUGGGUGGACGUGGUCAUCGAUGACAAGCUGCCCACCAAAGACGGAGAGUUGUUGUUCGUUCACUCAGCCAAAAGAAGUGAGUUCUGGAGUGCACUGCUGGAGAAGGCCUAUGCAAAAGUGAUUGGAAGCUAUGAGGCUCUGAAAGGAGGAUGUGCUACUGAAGGCUUCGAGGACUUCACUGGAGGCAUUGGGGAAUGUUACCAGCUCAGCAAAGCUCCUUUCAACCUGUUUAAUAUCAUGAAGCAGUCUCUGAGUCGUGGCUCUCUGCUGAGCACAUCUAUAUCCGGCACUGCAUAUGAAAAAGAAGCUGUGACCAAAGAACAGCUGGUCAAGAGACAUGCCUACUCCAUUACAGGGGCAGAGGAGAUUCAUGUGGGUGGAUGUCUGGUGCAGCUGGUGCGCCUCAGGAACCCCUGGGGUCACAAGGAGUGGAAAGGUGCUUGGAGUGAUGAAUCCAAGGAGUGGCGUCAGGUCGCACCGCAUGUCAAAGCCAAACUCAAUUGCUGUGUAGAUGAUGGAGAGUUCUGGAUGGCAUAUUCAGACUUCAGGGAGAGGUACUCAAAGGUGGAGAUCUGUAACCUGAUUCCAGAAACUCCAAGCAGCAGUCACAUGGGCAAAUGGGACCGUUGGGAAUUUGAAGCUACAUUCAGAUCUAACCGGCAGUUUUUGAUAAAGCUGGACGGCCAGAAAGAUAGGAAAAGCUGCUCCGUUCUUGUGGGUCUGAUGCAGAAAGACAUUCGCAAGCAGAAACAGCUUGGAAAUGAUAUCAGCAGCACCUGCUUUGCUGUCUAUCCGGUCCCAAAAGAGUAUAAAGACCGCAAGAGUAUUCACUUGAGCCCUGAGGUUCUGUCCCGCACGAAGGCCGUCUUUAUAUCCGAGCCCCACCUGAAGCGCGAGGUGUGCCAGCGUUUUGAGCUGUCGCCUGGAGAGUACGUCAUCAUCCCCACCACCAGUCACGCGAACCAAGUGGGCAGAUUCCUGCUGAGGGUGUUUUAUGAGAAAUAAGCCUACUUCAGCUCUGGAGUCCAGCUGUGCUAUAAUACAGUAUAAAGAAAUAGAAAAGCAGUCAAUAGAAAGACAACAUGAACCUUAUAAAGCUCUAAUGUCUUUUCUUGAGAAAUAACAUAUUGUUCCACUUCUUGUAGUGAAAGUUAGGAACUUGUUGUGUUCCUAUCAAACUAGUAGCCCACUCAACCCACAAUAAAGCCAUUGAUGGUCCAUUAGAAGUUUGAACUGUGUCAAAUGCAAGCAAAUAUAACAUGAAAAUCAA